AUGUUUGAUGUGAUUUUAAUAUCUGAUUACAUUUUUGUAGUUAAGCACAACGAUACAGCUGUAAUACAAAUAUACAUUAUCGCUGAGGAUAAUCGAGUGAUUUUUACAUUUCAAAAUAGUGCCACUGACGUUAUUAAGAAGCGAAUAUUUAUUAUUAAGUCGUUUUCCAAACAGUUUGGAUAUACUUGCAACAUUGAUGAAAUAAAAAGUGAUACUGACUACAGCAAUCAAGCUUUUGAUAACCGUACUACACUUAUAUCGCAUUUUAUUGAUCCAAGUAAUAAUUUACCUAUUGAAGCAAGUACUAUAGUUUCGUAA